AUGGACCGUGUACAGUACAGCUUGGUUUCCGAUCACGGAGGAAUAUUCGUGAUCGACCGAGAUACGGGAGCGAUUACGGUAACUCGUCCAUUGGAUCGUGAACAAACACAUGAAUAUUUACUGCAUGUAGUGGCUCAGGAUUCAGAUCCGGUCAAACCGAAAAGUAGUAAAGCCAUGGUUCUUGUGUCGGUACUCGAUCAGAACGAUAAUCCGCCUGUGUUCGAGAGAAACGAGUAUGUGCUGCAGGUGAUGGAAUCCGAAUCUGUCGGGUAUACAUUGGUGACGGUACGAGCUGAAGGAGGAGACGCAGGAGAGACAGUCAGUUAUAGGCUGGCCGAAAAUGGAACGCACAAUGACUAUGUCAGCCUUGAUAAGGAGAAAGGAGUUCUGAAAUUGGCGAAAGGACUUGAUUACGAGAAGGAAAAAUUGCUCACGUUGACUAUUGUUGCAACCGAUUCUGGUAGCCCGCCGUUGUCAUCUGAAGCUGUUGUCACCAUACAGGUGAAAGCAGUUGAUGCGGACAGUGAGCACUAUGGCCGUGUGGCGUACUCGAUCAAGGAUGACGCGAGCCUGUUUCAAAUCGACGAUCAGGGCUUGAUUACGAGGCCCUAUCAUCGCUUCGAAGUGGAGGCUCGUGAUGGCGGUGAACCGGCGCAGAAAUCGGUGGUGACCGUGCUAAUUGACGUGAACGAUGUGAAUGAUAACUCGCCGGUGUUUGCCGAUUGCAACAUGACGGCUGUAGUGCAGGAAGGAGUAAUGCCUGGCCAUACUCUCCUCUCAUUAUCGAUUAGCGAUGCGGAUGGGCCAAAUUUUGCUGGACCGUUCCGUGUGGAAGUUCGUGGCGAAGGAGCAAAAGCAUUCCGUGUCGAUGAGCAGUACAACCUGGUGACAGUCACUCGUUUCGAUCACGCAAAAAGAGAUCGAUUCCUACUCACUUUGAUUGCUCAUGAUCGUGGAAAUCGUUCAACGGAUUGCCCACUGACAGUGUUUGUAAAGGAAGAAAGCCGACAUCCUCCUCGGAUAGUACCGUUGAGAGUUUCGCUGAAUACGCUGAUGGGAGAAUUUAAAGGAGGGGUGAUUGGUACAGUCCAGGCGAAAGAUGAGGACGCUGGAGACAUGCUUCGAUUCUCGAUAGUCGAUGGAAGCGUCCUCGGACCACUUCCCACGGAUGCCCACCCACGAGCUCACGUUGUGAAGCCGCAUUUGUUCCGAGUUGAUGCGAAGACUGGCGAGGUUUGGAGCGCACAUGGCAUCCAUGGAGGUCUUCACGCCUUCAAUGUCUCUGUGACUGAUGGAAAAUUCACUACUGUCAGC